UAAAAAUAACAUGGGUUAGUAAAUUAGUUAUCUUCAAUGUAUACAGUUUAAAUCGUGAAAAUAGAGCAAUACUUUUGAAAAUGGUUCACCAUCCAGACAUAUUUAGACCUGAGGGUACAUUAACAACAAAUGAAAAUAAAAAUAUUAAGGAUGACCCAAUAAAAAAGAAGCCUGAUACGGUAUUUUUGUAUUUUACAGUUGGUACAGUAACAUUGCUGAUGUUAGUGGGCUGUACCACAUUUGGUUGGGCUUCCCCCGCAGUCAUCAAACUCAAAUCAGAGAAUCCAGACGUGAACCCAUUAGGCAGACCCAUAACGACAGUAGAAAUAUCAUUAUUGGCAGGUAUGCCAGUUCUAUCAUCGCUCAUAGGAUCUUACAUUCUACCAAGACUGGCAGAUAUUAUAGGAAGAAAAACCAGUUUACAAAUAAUAGCGAUUGGCAUGUUUGCUAGCAUAGUUGGUAUAGCUUUUAGUUCAGAAAUCUAUUUAUUAAUCAUAUCUUGUUCCUUGUUAUUCAACUUAUUUGCGGGAGUUUGGGGAAUCCUUCCUAUUUAUCUAACGGAAAUCUGCGAGGACCACAACAGGACCAAAUUUGGCUGUCUAAUGUCAGCUUGCAUACCUCUAGGCCAGCUCUACUGCUACGUAUUCGGACCGCCGUUCAGCCUCAGAGAUUUUACACUGAUUACUGCAGUUCCAUUAGUGCCUUUCUUUGGAUUGUUUUUGUUUGCUCCUGAAAGUCCUGUUUACUUACUAAGUAAAGGUAAAGAGGAAGACUGCAUGAAAGCGCUGAUGAAACUGAGAGGUAACAAGUUAAAGACUGAAUUAGAGAUCGAUUUUAAUAAAAUCAAAUUAAGUUUAAGAGAUACCAUAGAUCAAAAAACUGAUUUAACGACACUGGUCAAAAUCAGGGAAAGUAGAAUUGGAUUAUUAAUAUCAAUGAUGCCAGUAUCUGGACAGUAUUUGUGCGGGGUGCCAGUAAUGAUGUCGCUAUUAGCUCCGAUUUUUAACGGUGCCAGUACUUUACUAUCUGGAAAUAUGAUAGCUGUUAUAGUUGGUGUGGUUAAAUGUCUAACUUUUAUUAUUACCUCUUAUAUUAUUGAAAGAACUGGAAGAAAGCCAAUGUUGGUGUUAUCUUCUGUAGGAUCGGGUUUAUCAACAUUACUGAUAGGAUUAUAUUUCUAUUUAAAAUAUAUUGAUUCGGUAAUCAUUGCAAAACUUCAAUGGUUACCUAUCGCAUCAGUUUUUUUGUAUAUAAUUUCAUAUUCUCUAGGUCUUGGACCCAUUCCUCAAUGUGUUCCAAGCGAGAUGUUCCUUCCUCAUCAGAGGUCAACGGCUCAUUCAUUCAUCACAGCUUACUCAAAUACUCUUUAUGCUUUCUAUUUAUUAGUCUAUCCUCUUUUAGCAGAAGCAAUAGGGACUUAUGCUUGUUUUUGGAUAUUUAGUGGUACUUGUUUCGCAGGAGCAGUUGCGUUUUAUUACGUCAUGCCGGAGACCAGAGGAAAGAGUAUUAUGGAAAUUCAAGAAAUGUUGAAGAGGUACUAGUGACAGAGAUGGCAGCUGGCAUAUAGAAUAUAAUAAUAAAGUCUGCGGCAUAAAUAGGGGCACAAAUGGAAAACGGUUUUAUAGUGACUUCCUCUGUAAAUUUAUUAUUUUUAACAGUUCCUACAUGUCAUUGACUCUAAAAUUUUCGUUGUGGCAAAUGUUAAAAAAAAAUAUGAAAAUUAAAGGCUUGCUUUUCAGAAUACACUCUUUCUAAAAUAAAGUGAAAUAAAGGAAAUGCCAGAAGAAGAUAGAAGA